AACAGACCUGGACGUAGGGCCCCUCUUUCCCACACGCAAGGGCAGAGGAGUUUUUGAAGGUGUACCAUGCCAGUAUCGGAUCAACACUGAAGUUACUUAACACUGAAGUGUUUCGAAAGCACAACUAACGACUAAAGAUGUCAUACCAAACCUUUUGAGCUCAACUGCAAUGGAUGACUUAGACCACAGUGUGCUGAUAGCGGAGCAGGACUGGGACUGUUUCUGUACAGAGAGUGAGGAAUGUUCUGUUCAGCAGGCUAAGCUUGCAGCCUUAGAUGAGUCUGGCUUCAGUGACACUGAUGAUGACAAAACCCUUGUCCCAGUGUCAUCUGUUCCCACCCAAACAAGCCCUGACCAACCUUGUGAAGAAGAUCAAGUAGUAGAAUGUAAAUUACAACAUACAUCUGAGAAUUCAGAGUUUACUGAAUAUCCUAGUUCUAAUACAGAGCCACAGAAUACCAGGUUUACUGAGCAGACGUCCGAUGCUGGAGCAAAUGAACCGGGGGCUACAUAUGAAGACGGCAACCUGACUGAGAAGUUAAACUUAGAGAAAUUAAGAGGAAACUGUGAAAAUACAUUAAGCCAAGCCACAAACACACCAGUCUCUGAAAUAAAGCAUGAAAAGAGUAUAGAUGGCAUAGAAAUGCAAACUGAAAUGACAGACUGUUCAACAGUGGCCAAAAAAGAGAAGGAACGUUGGUUUGUGACUGUAAAUGACAGCCCAGUCCGUCUGAGAGUAAAGGAUCCCACCUCAGUCCAAAAAAAAAGAAGAAAAAAAAAAAAACCUUCUAAAAACUUCAGACAGAAUACCGGAGUGAUGGAGAAGUGCUCUUCCUUAAAUAACAAUACAGAACCAAAUGAAACUACUGAGAGACAAAUAACGCAGGAGACAUUUGAACAAGAAAAUAUUUCUUUUUACUCACCCAAUAUUCAAAAUUUCGAAGAUAGUAAAUGUAUUUUGCCCACUGGAUCAUCUGAGGAUCAUCCUAUUAGUCUAAAAAAGGAAAGCAUGACAGAAAUGCCAGAAGCAAAAUUAGAAAAAAAUCCCGCCGACUCUCUAACUUCACUUUUAACCCCCAAACAGAUGCCACAGACCAUGUUUAAAGAUCUCACUGGCUCUUUGCCACAGUACUGUGAUCAUGAAAGCGCAGUGUGUGAUAAAUAUGACAAAUCCGUAGUAGAAAUUAACUCUGAAUGUCAACAUACAACUGAUCAUUUAAGCCACUUUAAUAUUGACACAGAGGUGGAAAGUCCCAGAUUUAUUCUAGGUGCCUCUAAACCCACUGCUCCUUCAGAUACUAAAGAAGAAAAAACAGAACAGCAAGAGCCCUUGGGAAAGUCCAAUAAUAGAGAAGCAUCCCAAGAGACACAGUCCUCUAGUAACAGUGCCAAGACUUCAGGUCCAACUCCACCCAUAUUUGCCAUUUCCUCCUUUUGGGAUGAAAUGGAAAAACUGACAAUAAAUGAUAUUUUGCAGCUUAGAACAGCCAAUAACAGGACAGAAAACAUAAUUCCAGAAGAAAGCAGCCCUGUGGUCACUGUCAACACUCAUCUUCUAGAUAGGGGUGAGGUGGAAUCUAAAGAGGAUAGUUUAGAAGAUGGCCUUGUAGACGACGCAGCAGAUUCAGACUAUUUCACACAUUUGGAUGACUCUAAACCAGACCGGUCGAGCUGUGAAUUCUCAGCUUACUCUGAUUUCGAUGAAGAGUUUCUACAGCUUCUUCAUGCAAGUGCAAACCCUAGCCCUGAACCCCUUGAAGGAAAAGAGCAGACCCAAAGUUUUCUUGAGUCUGGCAUGGAAUCAGAAGAAACUUGGCGGAGUGAAUCAAAAGAGAUGGUGAAGCUGUGUCCUGAGAGUGAUCCCUCAUUAUUUUUGUAUUCAGAGACAGAAGCAGAGAUGCAAGACAUAUUUCUAAAAGCUAAAGAGGGCGAGAACAUGAAUGCCUUUCUACUGGACCAUUGUAGCACAAGGAGAUCAACGCCUUCACCAGUUUUAUCGAUCUCUGAUAUUCUAGACAAUCAGUGUCUGCAGACGUUCUUCGACAUUUUGGGAAGUGACACCGAAGCAGAGCAACACCAGACUUGGAACCCAGAUAGAAGCACUUCACUUUGUUUUUCACAGAACUUAUCUGUGGCUGAGACUUAUGAUGACUUCUUCUCAGACUUUGAAGUUGGGAAUUUUCUCUUUCCUUCAAUUCAAGUUUCAACAAAGAGUGAGAAAACACUGGUUCCUGUUUAUUCCUCUUCUCAUUCAGUGGUGAAAGACCUAGACUAUCCAGAGGUAGAAGAGGUGAUACCGUCGGAUUGUGAAGACGAGAGUGCCCCAAUCAGAGUUAUGAGAUGUGCAAAGCCCUCUGACACAUCAAACAUUUGCUUUAUCACUAGAACCUGGAGAAACCUGUCUUUGAGACGCACCAACCUUUUAAUGGGAAGGACCUGGUGUAGGAUGGCCACCUCUUGGGGUUUUCCCAAGACAGCUGACACCGUCUACGGUUAUAGAACAAGAACUACAAGUUCUUCUAUAGCUCAACCAAAGCUUCCGGAGCUUUUUCUAGAGAACCAGGCCCUUGGACAAGUGACAGAACAUCAGAUACGUGUUGGGGCAACGGUUGCAGACACAGAUAGAGAUUGCAUUCUUUUUUCAUUAAAGCAAACAGACAUGUGCCUUGUUUGCAUUGCUUUUGCGUCUUGGGUACUAAAGUCAAGCAACCCACAAUCUACAGACAUGUGGAAAGCAGCUCUUCUGGCAAACGUGAGCGCGAUAUCUGCCAUCCAGUACUUGCGGCGAUAUGUAAAAGAAGGAUGAACCAUAAAAAUCUAGUAUUAGAGCUUUCUGAGGAUUUCUCACAAGGGGCCAGUGUACAGGAAAGGGUUAAUUUUGCACAGAU